GAACAUUUACUUUGGUGCACUACUCUAACUAAUAAAUGCUUACAGCGGACGCGAAAACGAAAAGGCACAGCUUGUACACUGACGCGAGGCCCUUGUGAUUGUUCUAAAGCAGUUUGAACAAUACAGACAUAGUCUUAGACUCGCAGAACCAGUCAUAGUGACUUUAUAAAAAAUAGGUGAUAGUGAAGAAAUUCUAAUUUUUAAACCUCCGAACUAAUUCUAAAAUAGUGUCGAGGAAUCAGUGAAAUGCCCGUGCUGCUGCUCCGCGCUUAUGUCUCCAUCGUGGUAAUCGGUAUUCAAAGAAUGACCUUCUUCGUGGACCUGUCCGGCGCAUACCCAUUCACAAGCAAGCAAGCCGACUCUAGCACAGAGGGUGUUACGGUUUACCCUCAAGUGUACGAAAGCAGACAGGAAAACUUGGAAAAAAUGCUGGUUAUUGACGGGUACUCUCUUAAUCUAAAGAAAGCUUCCGUUCUUGCCGACACAGUCCUUCUGCUAGAAGUAACGGAAAAUGGUACUGCCGAACAAUACGUUCAAGGCUCCCACUAUGAGAGACACUUGUUCGAAGAUCCGGACAAGCUGGCAUCACUGAUUCUCAAGCCGGUAGUUCCAGGAAAUUAUCACGUCACAGGCAUGGUGAAUCACACUCACAGAAAUGAACCUUGUGAGAAUUGGGAACGUACAUCACAGAAAAGACUGGCGCACCGAAUAUCGCGAAUCCACGUCGAAACGGGGAUUUAUGAUGUCGUGAAUGAUGUCGAAAGUCGUGACCUCCCAGAAUCCUAUACCGUGGAGACACACUUCAUCACCGCUCUAAAUCACACCGCAUACUUCGGCAAUGAAACGAAAGAGCGCAUAGCCUAUGCUAUGCUUUUUAUGCAUUCGGUGAGCCUCCGCUUGCAGCAACUCGUGCCCCCCGCCAGGAUAGCGUUAACAGCAAUAGAAGGGCUGCAGGCCAAAACAGACUAUCUACAUAUACAUGACGACGGACGAAUCAUGGUAGAUCAAACAUUGUCUGCAUUGGGGAGUCUGGCACGUACCAGCGAAGUACACAAGAAGUCCGACAUCCUAUAUAUGGCAGUCAGUGCAGGUCUGGUUAAAAUUAGACGUGGGAAAAACCUUGGCGGUACUUUAGGAAUGGCAAAUAAGGGAAAGGCCUGCAGGAAUGGCAAAGCUGCCUUAGGGUUGGACCGGCCUGUUACCUUUUCUGGUGUCCAGACAUCGGCUCAUGAAAUCGCUCAUUUGUUGAACGCUGACCAUGAUGGUCACGGCACAGCAAAGAACUGCUCAGGUGAUGAGGGUUACAUAAUGAGCAGCCCCCGAAGGAACGGGAAUAACAGCUGUGCAUUUUCCAACUGCAGCAAGAAUGACAUCGCCGACUUUUUGACGUGGCGAUAUUCAAAAUGUCUAUUUCGAAAAGACGUAUGCCACGUCAUUUCUUUACCAAACAAGGCGGCAGACCUUCCAGGGGAUGUUAUAGAUGGGCAAACAUUCUGUAAGGAAUACUACAGGGAACCCAGAUACUCCAACUCCACUUAUAUAAAGCUUCAAUCCGACCUAGAGCAGUGCGUAUUCCGCUGCUUGGUACACGAUACUUACAGCCAUUCGAAGAUGCAGAACCGGACGAUCUUUUGCAAUAGAUGGGACACCCUGCUCUGAAACUGAACCACAAAAGAUAUGCCACAACAUGGUCUGUGUCAAGCCCUAGUAAAAUAGUGGACGUUUCUGAAAGAACAAACGUGCAGUUUGCACUUCACCAAGCAGAUUGCCACCCCCCUGUCGCAUUUAGCGAAGCAGAUUGCCACUUCCUGUUCGGAAUAAAGGUGUUUUUUGUAUAAAGAAUGAACGCGACGAUUAAGGCUUCUGUUCGUGCAGCGAUUAGUUUUGAACUAUUCACUCAUAUUAUCGCAGGGUCGUGACACUAAAUAAAGCAGCAGUCGCCGUGUCCUA